AUGGCAGAUUUCACGAAGGAUGAGAGUGUCCACGGUUUCGUUUCGCUGGUGAAUGAAGCUAUUAAGAGUAAUGGUUCGAUCACGGCGAGUUCGGGAAUAUCCAAUAGAAAAGUCCAUAGUUUUGCUACGCUAGUGAACAAUGCUUUCAAGAGAAGUGGUGAAGCUAUAGAAGAUUCGGGAACAUCACGUGUCCGUGGUUUUGUGUCGCGAGUGGACAGUGCCUUAAGGAGUAUUGCUGCAGCUAUGGAAGAUUGGGGAACAUCACGUGUGCCUGGUUUUGCUUCACGUGUGGAUAAUGAUAUAAAGAGCAACAGUGUUACUGCACUAUCACUACAACUGAUAUCAAAUGCACUAGGAAAUGUUAUUGAAGGCUUUAGAUUGUUCACCCUUGUGGAGCUUCAAGCAGCCACCAAUAAUUUCUCACUUGAGAACACGAUUGGUGCUGGAAGCUUUGGUCUUGUUUACAGGGGCAAACUCUUCGAUGGCCGUGAGGUGGCGAUCAAAAGGGGUGCAACUGGUUCGAAGAUGAAGAAUUUUCAACAGACGUUUAAAGCAUAUGAGUGUGAAUUGGCCUUCUUAAUCCGUAUACACCACAAGAAUUUGCUUAAGAUGGUUGGGUUCUGCGAAGAGAAACAUGAAAGGCUUUUGGUGUUCGAGUACAUGAAGAAUGGGUCAUUGUAUGAUCAUUUACAUGGAAAGAACAAGGGUAGUAGUGUGCUGAACUCAUGGAAAAUGAGGAUCAAAAUCGCUUUGGAUGCUUCCCGAGGAAUAGAAUAUCUCCAUAAUUAUGCAGUUCCAUCAAUAAUUCACAGAGAUAUCAAGUCUUCCAACAUCCUUAUUGAUGCUACUUGGAUAGCAAGAGUAUCUGAUUUUGGGUUAUCAUUGAAAAGCGGUGAUUAUCAAUCUGUGACAAUAGCUGGAACUGUUGGAUAUUUAGAUCCUGACUACUAUAGUCAAAAUUUAUUGACAGCAAAGAGUGAUGUGUAUGGCUUUGGAAUUGUACUAUUAGAACUUUUAACUGGAAAGAGAGCUAUAUUCAAGCAUGGUGAAGAUGGAGGCACUCUAUUAAAUGUGGUAGACUUUGCAGUGCCUGCUAUUUUGGGUGGAGAUUUAGUGAAAAUUUUGGAUCCAAAGGUUGGACCCCCGGAUGUGAACGAAAGAGAGGCAGUGGAGUUAGUGUCCUACACUGCUAUCCACUGUGUUAAUUUGGAAGGCAAAGAUAGACCAACCAUAGUCGAUGUUGUGCUCAAUUUGGAGCGGGCCAUGUCUAUUUGUGAUGCUAGCCAUGAUAUAUAGCAUUUCCAGCGGUUCAAUCUCUGUUGUUUCAAAAUGAUAUAGUCAUGGAAAAUUCAGUCAAUUCUUAUAUUGAUAAAUUAUAUGGGUGUAGUCGUGGCCAGUAAAUAUUAGGGAUAUCAUCUAAUAUUAAGCUGCAGUAAUAUUUUGCUAAUUUACUAAUGGCCAAGCAGAAAUAUGGAACAUUUAAUUUACACUAUGUAUCUAUACGUGUGCCAUGACAGAAUAAAGUAUUAU